AUGCUGACGCAACAUUCAAAAACACGAGCUCGGCGACGCCGGCGGCCGGCGCUGCCCACUCCACUGAACACGCUGUCCUCGUUCGUAGUGACGCUGUUUACCGUCGCCCUUGCUGCGCUCCCUGGCGUACGGGCACAAGCGGCUCAGCAUAAUCUCACAGAUGCGCAGAUCGCAACUGUUGUACAGCGACUCGCAGAUGGAGCGAAGGAAAGUUGGGAACUCGGCACUCGCCAACAAGCACUCAUCGAACUUAACACACCAACAUUCUCCGUACUCAACGACACUUCGGUUCCUCCACCCAGUUCAGCACCUGACUCACUAUCUACUGUCCUCAAUAUCAUCGCAGCCGUCAUCGAAAACAAAACCACUACUGCCUCUGCGUCGAACCUUUCCAGUCCACAGUCGUUCUUCCCAGGAGACGGCAGCGCAGCGGAUCCAGCUAGCAACGGCGUUGCAGCGCUUGUUGCAAAUUGGACGGGGAAGAAUAAUGGGAGUAUUAAUUACGGACAAGCUGCUGUCGACCAGACGAAUUACCUGUGGUCGAGUGCGGUGCCAAAGACGGAGGACGGUGCAAUUAGUCAUCGAGUUUCACAAGUACAGCUCUGGUCCGACUUCGUUUACAUGGUCCCACCCUUCCUCGCAUACUACGGCGUAAUGACACAAAACCGGUCCAUGGUCUCCGAAGCCUACAACCAAAUUUCUCUAUAUCGAAAAUACUUACGAGACUCACACAACGGAAGUUUAUGGAGACAUGUUGUCAUGGGAUCCGAUUUUCAGGAUGAAGGGUUUUGGAGUACAGGGAAUGGAUGGGCUGCCGCGGGCAUGCUUCGCGUACUUGGGACGAUUCAAAAUAGUCAGUAUAGGAAUGCUUUGAAGAGUGAGACGAAGGAUUUGAGGAAUUGGGUGAAUGAGAUACAUGAUGGGAUGUAUGCGCAUAUUCGCGACGACGGGAUGUUCCACAACUACGUAAACGACAACUCCACAUUCGUCGACGCAAGCUCCGCAGUCCUACUCGCAUCAACAGUCUACCGACAUGCUUUACUUACAAACACACAUAAACACCUCCCCGACGCGGAAUUCGUUCGUAAACAGCUUUGGUCUUUCAACUCUUCCUCUCCUCCUUCACCUUCACCCUCCUCUUCAAAUGAUUCGUCGUCUUUGGCGAACAUGACGCAUUUCACGUCAGACGGCUGGCUCACACCGGUCGUGAACCCACAUUCCUUCGGGCAAGAGGGGAAGGACAGUCCAGAGGGACAGGCGUUUGUGGUGAUGAUGUAUGCUGCUUGGAGAGAUUGGGUGGAGAAUGGUGCCGUCGGUGCGAAUGCUGCAAUUCACUGUAGAGGUAUGCCACAGGGAGUUUUGGCCCUUGUGGGGAUGGGGGUGGUUGUUGGUGCUUUGACGAGUCGGUGGUGAUGCGUGCUGUGAGCUUUGGGGAGAGGUUUGUGAGCUUGGGCUUGAGCUAUAAUUGACGGUCCUUGCCAGGGAUUUUUUUUUCAUGGUUGAAUUGUCAUACUUAUACCAUAACCUAACAUAAAGGAACAGACUGACGUAUCUGACACUGAUGGUUCUAGAGAUACAUCCAUACUUUAUAUCUCUUCCAUUAACAAAAUCUUGUCUAUUUCCAAUAUUCUGAUAUCUGUGUUUCGGCGGACUUUUCUCCCAGGAUUUCUUCGUUUAUUCCUAUUCUGUCUACGUUUGUUGACUUUGUUCUACACACGUCUGUAUACGAUUAUUC